CGGAGUACUGAGGAUAGUUCGCGCUACUCGUCGCUCGGGUCAGUGUGUGCGGUACUUUCUGGUCUGAUUGGACUGUGUCGGGGCUGAGUGCGGGGUCUCCACUGCUGUGCGGGAUGAGGGGCUGGCGGCUCCUGCUGCUCUCUGUGCUCUUGGCUACCUGCGUCCUGCCCGCGUCAGGUGUAAAUACUACAGUUUCAAAAAAAGGAAGAAACUUUGCGGGCAUACUAGACAACAGCACUGGGACCUAUGGCUAUACUGUGAACGAAUUUGCACAGAAGGUCUUGACUGGUGGCUUGACCAGAGUCUUCCUCCCUUUAAUUUACAUCAUUGUCUUUAUUGUUGGAUUGCCAAGCAAUGCCAUUGCAUUAUGGGUGUUCUUUUUCCGAACCAAGAAAAAGCACCCAGCGGUGGUCUAUAUGGCCAACUUGGCAAUGGCUGACUUAAUGUUCAUUAUCUGGAUUCCCCUCAAGAUUUCAUAUCAUCUCAAUGGCAACAACUGGGCCUAUGGAGAAGCCAUGUGCAAAGUCCUGGUGGGUUUUUUCUAUGGCAAUAUGUACUGCUCAAUACUUUUCAUCACGUGCCUGAGCGUUCAAAGAUAUUGGGUGAUUGUAAAUCCCAUUUCCAGUACCAGGAAGAACACCAAAAUAGCGUUAAUUGUAUCAGGAGCCAUAUGGAUCAUAAUCAUAUUAAGCACCAUUCCAUUAUAUCUGAUCGAUCAGACCAUCUACGUCUCCAACCUCAACAUCACCACCUGCCAUGAUGUCUUGCCAGUGAGCGUUCUGGCUAGCGAUAUGUUCAGAUACUUCCUCUCUCUUGCCAUUGGGCUCUUUUUCUUCCCGGUCAUUCUCAUGUCAGUGGCUUACGCAUUUAUGAUUAAAACCUUGAAUGACUCUAUCACAGAUGAAACCAUUGGCAAAAAGCGAAGACGGGCCAUCAUGCUUAUCCUUACUGUGCUGGUGAUGUGCUUGGUGUGUUUUUUGCCCAGUAACAUCUUGCUGUUGGUGAACUAUGCCAUUAUAAGGGAAACCCACGUUGGUAACAUGUAUGCCUUCUACAUUACGGCCCUUUGUCUCUCGUCCUUGAACAGUUGCAUCGAUCCCUUUGUCUAUUAUUUUGUGUCCAAAGACUUCAGAGAUAAUGUCAAGAACACGUUCCUCUGCAGGAGCGUAAGGACUGUUGACAGAAUGCAGAUCUCAUUUAGCUCUAUGAAAUAUUCCAGAAAGAGCAGUACUUACACCAGCACAUCCAGCAACACAAAAACCAGCAACUGCUAGAGAUGGACCCUGUAGGAACAAGUUCUGACUAGAAGACUUGGGUAUUAUAUACCUUUUCUGUGUGAGAAUGCAGGCCCUCCCAGCCCAGGGAACCUGGUCAUGUACAAAUGUUACCUUCUGAGAUGCUAAUGAGAUCUUUUAUUACGUGGAAUCUGUUUAAAUGCAUUGUGUUGUGUGGAGGUAUUGUACUAUGUAGAAAAGCUGAAUUGUAAUUGGCCUUAAUGAGAUCUGUUCUCCUUUCCUUAUUACGACACACUGGAACUGAUCCCACGAGGGAGAAUGUGCCCCCUUCUUUCUUCAUAUGGGGUCCAUUAUCAUUCUGAAGGGGUGAGUGGGGGUUAUCAGAUUUCACAAAUUUAUGAGAACUGAGCUUUAAAGGGUCCAACCCUUUACACGUGAUGGCCUAUCCUCAGGACAUCACUGUCCGAUCGGCGUGGGUCCAACAGCCUUCACCCCAGCCAGUCAACUGUUCGCCACAGCACCAGAACAAUACUACUCCAUCUAUUGUGCACUGGACGGAGCUGUUUACCCAUUCACUUCCAUGGGAGCAGCACUGCAGUAACCAGUCCACUGUACAAUGGAUGGCGCAAUGUAGUCUACAACAGAACAGCAUAGGUUGCAGAGUUUCAUACCUCCACCGAUUUAGAUAGUGGUGGUCAAUCCUGAGGAUAGGACUUCACUUGUAAAGGGCAGGACAGCCUCUUAGAAGUGAAUGCCCAAAUGUGACAAUUCUGGCUGCCUGCACCAUCACUAGGCCACUUUAUUGUAUGUAGUUGAAUGUUAAAACGGUAAGUGUAAGCUCCCCUUAGGGUUCGCUGCAGGCAGCCACAUCUUUAUCAUUUUAACUCUUGUCUAUUCAGUGGACUUUGAGCUCUACAGAAACAUACAAUAUAUUACAAAACUAAUCUGCACAUAAGGUUAUACCUAUUAAGAUAAAAAAAAUAAAGUUGUACAAGCACUUUACACUACGUGCUGUCAUGCAUCUGUUGUAAUUAGCUUCUGAUCUGUAGAAGUGAACACAGGUUGUUUGUCUUCACAAAUUUACUUAUACCUGGUUGGCCUCGUUUCUGGAAUUUCUCCGGGGCCUCUUCCUGAGCUCUGCUUCCACAGCUUUUCAUUUGAAGCUUUUAAAUGAUAACUGAACUAACGCAGAAGAUAAAAUGAUCCUCCAUGACGGAGUAUGCGGGAAAUCUUUACUACAAGGUGAAACCAAAGGGAAUGUCUUAAAGGGAACCUGUCACCGGGAUUUUGUGUAUAGAGCUGAGGACAUGGGUUGCUAGAUGGCCGC